CGACGCAGGUCGUCCAGAAGGCAAUCUAAGUAAUGUAAUGUUCGACAAAGGGCGAAUCGACGACGAGCGCACACAUUUUAAUUUACAAAACCUCCAUACGUUUUAUUCCAUAAUAAACAGUGGUGAAAAUCGAUAGAACGACUUGCCUGACGUGGUCUUUCAAAGGUGAUUACUGUCGUUAGUGACUUCAACCAAACUAUUUAUAAUCGCUUAUCCUGACUGAAAGUACGACUCAAAAUAGUGCAGUUUUAUUGCAACUCCAUCAUCUUUGUGGGGGGAUUUAACCUUGUGACUUUUAUAACUUCAUCAUGGCCAAAUAUCAUAAUCUGAAAAACACGUGGGCAACUGAAGAUACAAGAGUAUUCAAUUCGCCUGAAACAUAAGCUGCACGCUGCCGAGGUUCUCAACUUGAAGAUGGAGCAUUUCAAAAAGAGACUGAUUCACCAACACGAGAAGCCAAAUUCAUACAGUUCUGAUAAGACUUCAAACGAAGACAAUAAUGACAAUGAUGAAGCCUACUCGAGUUCAUCUAAUAACUGCCUUCCAAACGAUCAGCAGAAUGUGAAUAAAGGGAGAGAAGAAAAAGUUCAAACAAGAGUUGCCAAGAAGAGGGCAGUAUGUAGAGGGAAAUUCCGACACAAGGACAUGGAAAUAUUCAAACUUGGUGCCAGUGCUCCAUCUUCUCUAUGCAAGACUAAAGAUCCUUACAAUGUUUGCACCGGGAAGAAUCUCCAAAUGUCCUGCCAAAAUAUACAAAAUAAAAAUGCUGAUGAAAAUCUCCCGAAGGAAGUCAUUACUAACCACAUAAUAAACUCCAUUGAAGGAAAAGGAAGAAAAGAUAGUUUGCAGAGAUCUACGUCACUCAACUCAGAAAAAAACGUUCCUAGUAGAAAAUCCUCUUCGAAUAUAACCACUAAAGAUGUUGGUAAUACAAUAAAUUCCGGUAGACACAUAUUGCCGGCUAUAGUACCUGAAAUAGUAUCAGACUCACACUGGACAAGCAGAAGAGAACCAUCCAGAAAUAGUGAUGAUUCCAGUGUAGGAGGAUAUAAGUGUACAAACUUCGAGGGCGAAUCAAGCAAAGGAAUAAGACCUCCCAUAAACAAAAGGAGAAAAACAGUUACUGGGGCAGACAUUUUCAAUAACCCUCCACAGAAAGAAAUCGUUACUGAAUCUCAAAGUUUGAAUAAUAAUUCACGCGAUAGAUUACCAUCUUCGGAUGAGAUGCUUGCCCAGAACGCUGUUGCUGCGAACAACUUUCUAAAAUUGCAUCAGCAUCCUCCUAACCCUAAUUCUAUCGGAUAUCCAACAGUUCUCAGAUCCGAAAAUCUAGUUUCUAAUAAUAGCCAAGUACUACCACCUCGGGAACAAAUGGCACCCUCAAAAAAUCAACCAGAUUCAGUAUCGUCAAACUAUUCAAUGUAUACACCUCCCCUACUUUACCCAUUGCAACAAAACCAACAUGAAAUGAACGAGAGACCAAACAAUAAUUCAAAUGCCAGGGACAAUGUGUUAAAUGGGCAACGAUACAUUCCAACUUCAAACUAUAAUGGUGGUAUGGACACAUCGAACUAUCGAAUUAAUAGUGCUUCACACACAGUACACCCCAUGUCCUCGAACGUGAAUAGUGAAAAUCCACCAAGAAACCAUCAUGCAAGGGGUGUGGGUUCAAGAGGAGUGAACGAUGUGAAGACGCAAGAAGAUCCAAUCAACUUAACGGUGAACGAUAUGUUGCGAAUGAAUCGUAACAAAUCUUCAAAUAAAAGACAGUUCUCCGAGCCAUCAGCCUCUGCGCACGUUUCCCAACACACUAACAAUCCCUCUCAUCCCACCAUAUGGUCAUUCCCUAGAAUACAUGACCAAAUUUCUAGAAUCGGAAAUUGUAAUACGCAACCAUCCCAUUAUGACGAAGAGCUGGCAAGGGUAAAAAUGCAAGAGAAAAUGGAUCAAGACGUAGGCAUCCGAUGGUUAAUAGAUAACGCAAAAGAAGCAAUGGUUAAGCCUUUUUGUCUUGAUCGCUUGUUUGAAAUGAACAGAUGCUACAGAAACCUUCAGUCUUUUCUGAACAAAAGAAACGUUUCUAACAAAUUGAAAGUAAAUAUCACAUCAACCAUAAACGAAUUGAUAACAUACGUUAGCUACAAAAUUUUUGGAAGAGGUGAUUCAGCACAGUUUCGAAUGUAUACCGACAAGAUUAUGGAGGUGGAUCUGGAACCACAAAAACCCAUACUAUUCGAUUUCAUCAACAGAGGAAUCAGCAGAUCCAAAAACGAAGUAGCAAUCAAUGCAUAUGUCAAAGUGUUAAGAGGAGAAGGUGUGCCAAGUUUUACACCAAGUACAUGUCAGCAGGAACUCCAUCCUUAUCCAAAUUUCCAGUUCCCCCCUCCUAGCAUUCCUCCAAAUUCGUGUAUUGAGAGACAACAACAGAAUACUGCAAUGCCGUUUAAUCAAAUACCACAAUUAGGAGAACAACACAUUUCCAGAAGCAGCAUACCAGAAAUGUACAGUCAGAAUCAACAAGCGAUGCCUCACACCAUGAGACACCCUCCUGAUGUUAGAGUGAUUCCAAACAUGCAUCAACAGAAUCCUGUAAUUUUUUAUCAGGCUGACAAUCGAUGUAUACCACCCACAGAUCACGUAUAUCCACAACAGCCUGCUAACAAUACAAGAGAUUCCUUUCAAGUCAAUUUCAACAACUAUAACAAUACGACAUAUGUAGGUACAGAAAAUACUAAGAGAAAAAGUGGCCAAGAUUUGGAAGAAAUACUAGCACCUAAUAUCAUCAUAGGGACCAACAUUAUCAAAGGUACGCCUACAAAAGGCAAAAGAGAUAAAACAUAUGGGAGUAAAAAGGACGCCAUAACAAAAACUGUUAUAGUGAAAGACAAUUCGAUGGAGAUUACUAAAGGUGACAAACACUCGAAUAUUUCCAAAGAACCAAUCAAUGAAAUCAUCUUGGAAAAAGUUCAGCCUCCCACUAAUGAAAAAGAUAAUGAUGCCAUCAAAGUUCAUAUAAAGAAGGAGCCGACUGAAGAAUCAAAAGAAUUACAAAAUUUUAAAAAGUAUUUAUGGGAAGAAAACAAGGGUGUUUACAAAAAUGUGAUGAAAAAAGUGGCAAAUAACAAGAAGCCUGAGGUUAUAAUGAUUGUUGAUGACGAUGAUAUGCAGAUACAGAAAUUGGGGGAACGCGCAGGCACUGAAUCCAACAAAUCGCUCGAACAAAGUGAGAAAAAAUUAAAAAAAGACACUCCCUCGAAAGAAAUUAUGAUUGUAGAUGAUGAAGAUACUAUUUCACAGACGAAUAACGGCGACCCUCAAGGUAGGGAUUUGAAUCAAAACUUUAUCGAUCUGGAAAAUAAAGCAGACGAUAUUGUUACCGUUUCUGAAGCCGAAAGUGAAACAAAUUCACGCUCCACAACGUCAGUUAGACAUAUGCCGGUCAUCGAGGACAUUUCCUCGGACGACGAGCCCGUUCGGCCAGUUGAAUCUUUGAAAAAUUAUGGUCGCAUGAAAGAUGCCAGCACGAUUAUGGAGUCAAACCGCAUAACAGAAGCCAUUCCUACGGAUCCGAUGGGCCAUAGACCGGUCAUAACUUACACCCAUGCAAGACCGAUACCAGGUGUAGAAUCGAUGACAGAAGCGACCAAAUUGAACAAAACCUCUCCGGAUUUUCCACAGAAAAAAGUCCCUCACUCUAAAGUAUCUCAUGGUUACAGAUCACCGCGAGAAAUGGGCCCUUCACCCCAUGUAGAGGUCACAUCUCCAGUGAUAGCUCAAUCUCCCGUUGUUUCUAUUUCUUCACCUGCUGCUCACUGCAAACCUGGAAUGAACUGGCAAGCUUGGUUAUCCGAUGAGCAAAGGAGGGGCUUUUUUGAUUUCGAACAAAACCGCAGCAGAAGCAGAAGACAGUCGGUGGAAACCAUAAGCAGCGUUGGUAGUGACUACAUACCUAAGGUUAUGCCCGAACAGGACCUGGUAGAAAUCAAAGUGAACUCGAAGUGGUACAGAAUAAAAAAAUCGCUCUACGAUAAAAUACCCAGAGGAAAAUUGCGCUAUAUCCGAGAAACGACAACUUUUAUUAGGUACUUCGAUGAAAACCAGUUGGCGCAGUUUAUACAAAAUGUCAAUUGUAACACCGAUACUUCGAACUUUCUGAAAGCCGAGUGUCAUAUAGAACGAAAUAAUAAUCUCGAUACGUAUUUAGGAGGUUUGGAACAAAAUGAAGUCAUAAGAUUAUCGGAGGACCCCGAUUUUUCAAGAGAAGAUUUUAUCGCUGAACCAGUACUUUACGUGAAGGAAGUUACGAAUGCGCUAAAGUACUCUCCGAAGGAUUUUUCACACUUUUAUAAAUUCGUUACUGGAUACCAAAUUAUUAACAAUCACCCGCCAAUUUCCUUUCAAACAUUUUUAACUUUUCACAACACUGACAGUAUGAAAUAUCUUUUUAAUCAGUAUGUCAAUAAUCUAUUGGGGCAAAGCAAUGCGCCUAAAAGUAGUCAGAAACUGGUAUUACCCAGUUGAGAAUAAUAAUCAAUCAGGAACAUGUCGAAUUAGUGUUUUUAGUUUGUAAUACUCAGCACACGUCAAAAGAUCGAAUUGAAUGAGAAGGUAAACAUGAUGACAUUAAAAUUUCAAAAUAGACAGCAGAAUAGUAUACCUAACAAGACUUCAAGAACUCCAGUAAGUACUGCUGUUUGUAGAUGUUGAAAAAACAUUUUUUGCAAAAUCAAGUACUCAAAGUUUGAUUACCGCGGUAGCAGACGAAACGUCUGGUACUGCAGAUUCCAUAUUAUUUUGUACACUAAAACUUUAACAACGUGCUUCACUUUUCACGUUUUAAUAACAGUUGAAGCAUGCGACUAAUGUGAACAAAAAUCGUAAAUCAUGGAGUAUUUCAAAGAAAAAAAAUGUAUGUUAUUCAUGUAUACAUCGGCCUAGCC